AUGAAAUAAUAAUAACAACUUAAAGGAAUACCAAAUAUCAGAUCUCAAUAUUAUGUUGCAGCUUAAGCUUUAAAUUCUUAAUUAUCAUCUAAGAUAAGCAAGACUAAAUCAAGUUAUAUAGAUGAUUCUAAUAAAAGUAUAUAUGUAGAUAAAAAUAAUUUAGUAAAAGAUUACUCAUAUUUUUAAUUAUCAACGUAGAAAACAUAACCAAAAAGUACAGCUAAAAGAGUAAAUGUAAGUUUAGAUCAACCAAAACCAGAUGAUUCAACAAUAUUACCUCCAUUAAGAAAAGAAAUAUUAAGAUCAAGAUAAUCAUAACCUACAGUCACAAAAAGUAAGUAAUAAUAAAGAAAUAAUUCACCACUUCUUCCAUUAGAGAGUAUCCCUGUAAUAGAACCAUCAAAGAUUUCUUAAAAAAAUAUCGGAAUAGUAUCAUCAUAUGCAGCAAACACUCAUUAAGGUCUAGUUAGAUAAUAUAACGAAGAUAGAGUUUCUAUAAUUUUAAAUUUAAUGAGACCUAAUUCUAAUACAAAUUCAGGAUAUUGGCCAUAGAGUUCAUUUUUUGCAGUUUAUGAUGGUCAUGGUGGACCGUAAUGUGCAGAUUUUAUGAGAGACAAUUUACAUUAAUAUGUAUUAAAAUAAUAUGAUAUUGAAUAGAUUAUUAAAGAAGAUUGUUUUCCAAAUAAUCCUAAAUUAGCAAUUGAAAGAGGAGUAUAAAAAGCAGAAAAAACUUAUUUAGAAAUGGCUGAUUAAAAAGUAUUAGAUAAAUCUGGAUGUUGUGCAGUAUUUGCUUUAUUUGUUGAUAAUAAUUGUUAUGUUGCUAACAUAGGUGAUUCUAGAGCAAUUAUUUCACAAGGUGGAAAAGGUAAAUCAAUAACAAUUGAUCAUAAACCUUCAACAUAAGAAGAAUAAUAAAGAAUUAAUAAAUUUGGAGGAUAAAUUUAUUAAACAUAAAUAUAAUAAUUAAAUGGUGAAAUUUAAUUAGGACCUCAUAGAGUUUUACCUGGUAGAUUAGCUGUUUCAAGAACAUUUGGAGAUGCUGAAGCUAAAUUAACUAAAUAUGGAGGAAUUCCUAAUGUUAUAUCAUCAGAACCUGAUAUUUUUUAGUUAUAAAUUACUGAUUAAGAUUUUCUUAUUUUAGCAUGUAAUUUUUUCAUUUGAUUAAGGUGAUGGUAUAUAUGAUAAAAUGAGUACCGAAGAAGUUAUAUAAUGCGCUUGGAAUGUUUAAACAUCUAAUAUUCAUAUUUUUGGAGGAAAAGCCGUAGAAGCCAUUAUGAGAAUGUCAUUAUAAAGAAAAACUUUUGACAAUAUAACAGCUGUCUUUAUUGGAUUUCCUUAACUAGAAAAAAAGUUAAAAAAUAAAACAUAAAUUUAACAAUGA